AUGAUUAGUGUAUUGUCUGAACAGUGGAUGGCCAUUCGGCUUAUUUUCAGUAGAGCUCAUCUAACUAUGUACAGUAUGUGUGCUGCACUUCGCAGUAUUGGUUCAUUCCAUGUAACGCAUGAUCAUAUAGCCUUCAAUUAUCCUCCAGAUUCUAUACAUCGUGAUAUUAUAUUCCAUCGAGUUGAGCUGAAUAAACCUGGAGUUUAUACAGACUUUGAAAUACGCCUAUUAUCACGUGAAGGCAGUAUCUCUUCACCGCAUUUAAUGGCUGUCGAAUUGUCUGUUUGGCGUUCACCAAGUUUAUCUUCCAGUCUAUUAUCAUCUGUAUCCAGUCAUCCUGAUGGAUUGGAUACGCGUAAAUCGUCAUCGUCAUCAUCAUCAUCACCAUCAUUGGCAUCGCCAUUACCAAAAGAGGCGUCCAGUGAUUAUUUAAUUCAACAAGAUAUUGAUUUUUUUGUUAAACUAGAAACUGAUGCAUUGAAUACUUCAGUGUAUGUCUGUCCAGCUGCGUGUCAUUCACCGCCAAUUCCAGUCACGUCAACCAAACAAGUUGUACCAUUUACCAUCAGUGUACCGCCUACUGCAUUAAUGUACCUUGGCACUGAUCUCAAAGACCUAACAAUGUACAGUCAGACAAUUCAUUUUGAAGAAAUUCACAAUGGUCCUGCACCCAGACAUGAUAUUAUUACUAUGCACAGACACGGACAUGCGUUUGGUGGUCUUCCGUGGCUAUUUUGGAUCAGCUUGGUUCUACUGAUCGCUGUUUUUCAUAUGUUUUUCUGUAAGAUUAUAUAUAAUGAACUACGGGGAAGAAAUCAGGCAUCUGAAAAUCAAAACCCUUGGAGACUACCACAUUAUGCAACCGAUUUGCGGUCUCCAUCAGCUUAUUCUGCAAGAGUGUUUAUAAACGAACAGUUGUCACGACGCAGACGGACUGACAUGGACACGGUUCCAUGA